AUGAACAAUAAUUCUGAUAACUCAUUGUAUUCCAAGAUUAAUGAACAGGGCUUCCCGAUUCUCAUCCAUCUGGAUAAUCUUCGCGUUGCCACUGAGGCUUUGAUUUUCUUUCCUGCUGUUGCUUCUGUCUGGUCCUCGUUUCCCAAGUGGUGUCAAGAAGCAAUCAUGUACAGUAUGAAUGAUGUCUUCAAGAUCCAUCAUCAUGCUCAAGUCGGUUUGGUCAAGGCUUUGGAUAGUCUCAAGGCUCACCUGGUUAAUGGUACCUUUCCACAAGUCGUUCUCGCUGCUGUUCCGGGAGUUAAGAAUCUACAUAUGGACAAUUCCCUGUCUGAUGCAGAUAAAUCGCUUUUUUCUUCUUCCAUUGAAAAUGCGGUACUUUCGGCUCGUUCUGCUAUUCUUAAAACCCUUAUAGAAAGCAAAGAACGUGCACUACAGGCUCAUCAAUUGCAAGCAUCACCCGCUUUUGUCCUAGCACAAUGCCGUGAUAGAAUUUUUGAGUCGAUUUUGGCCAUGGGUGGUUCGAUUGAACAUCUUACCGAUACCCAGAUUCAUGAUGUGGUUCGUUCCCUGUGUCAUCUCAGACAUAACAUGAAUAAUGUGCUCGAAACCCAGGCUUGGGCUAGAGUACAGGCCGAACGUAAACAGCAAAAGGCCAAAUCUGCCGCUGAUACCGUUAUGGAAUCUUCCUCUGACCUCUCUUCUGCCCAACUCACUGACUCCAUCACCAAGUUGGUUAACAAGACUGUUCAGUCAAAAAUCUCGGCUCUUGACAAGAAAUUGUCAAAACUUACUGUCUCUGGUUCCUCUUCUCGUCCGUCUUCUCGUCGUCCUGCUGCUUCGUCUUCCUCAAGAAAGCAAGGCAACUCCAAGUCGUCCUCUUCUUCCUCGGGAAAAGGCUCUCGACCUUUGUCCGGCCCCACCAAGGGUCGAAUCCAGAAAGGGGCCCCCAACCCCAAUCGUCGUCUUGCCCCCGGUCCCACCCCCUUCAAAGCUUUGAAGGGAAAAAGAGGUUAA